AUGGAUGACAUCCAUGAUUUUGAUACAAUAGAUGUGGAGAUGGAUGCGUACUUCAAAAAGAAACAAGCUUCCAGAUGCAAAGACGAAUUUCUCAAUAUUCUAUGUGAAGAAGACGAUUACGAGGCAGUAGAUGAUGCUCAAACUGAAAAUGAUGCUCAAACUGGAAACGAUGCUCAAACUGGAAUCACUAAAGAAGAAUCAGAUGAAGAUUAUCUGGAAGGUAGUAACGAGGAAGGUAGUGAUGAGGAAUUUGAGUAUUCCACCCACAAUCCAAAGGUGAAAUGGAACAAAAUGAGACCAAUGCUUGGUGAAAGAUCGCAAUGGGAACGCUUGGAAAUUUUGUUUCACUUUGAGUUAGAUGUUCCACGGUAUCGAACUGAAGAAGAAGUGAAGGCUGAGUUUGUAGACAUACGCUCAAAGGUGAAGAAUUUUAUCAAAAUUUAUCACAAGGUCAACAACGAAUUGAUGGAUGAAGAUGAACAAGUAAUUUUACAGCGUGUAAUGGUGGAAUACAGACAAAAAAAUAACGGGGUUGAUUUUUCAUACAAACAUGCUUAG